AUGCUGCUCAGCGAGCGCAUGGUACCAUCUCCGCAACGAGAAACGGCGAUGGACCGCCUUUUAAACUCGUUGGAAGACCAAGGGAUGAAUCUGGAACACCAGGCCAAAGAUGAGAAGGAAGGGACCGCGCCAGUGCCGAAAGUCGCGCGACUUCUGCGCGACGGCCAGGGGAAAUUUAUGUAUAUUGGUGACUCGGCGAGUCUAUCAUUCUUGCAGAGUGUGCGCCGAGUGGUUACUUCUUCUAUUGGCCGAUGUGAGUUUACAGAGGAUAAUUCGCGCCAUUCUAUGCUGGAAGCGUUCCAAAACAAUCCCGGCAACCAACCUAGUCCUCUGGUCGAGCCUCCCACCAAUGAGGAAGCACAGCGAUUAGCUCGUCAAUUUGUGCUUGCUACCAAUCCGUUAUUGGAUCUCUUUGACCUGCAAGAGUUCCACCCACGGCUAGCUGAUUGGGUAGCGAAUCCUUCUGGCGAUGAGGACACCGUGAGCUCUAUCUUCUAUCUCGUUCUCGCCAUUGGAGCCCAGGUCUCCGAUAUUGACCAGACCGUAGCCGAGCAAUAUUUCGGCAGCGGUCGUCAAUUGGCGUUCUCGGCAUUCCAGGAAACGCCCAGCAUCCACACCAUUCAAUCAUACAUAUUGGUUUCCAUGUAUAUGCUCGGUGCAUGCAGACGCAAUGGCUCAUUCAUGAAUCUUGGAAUUGCUCUUCGUGCUGCCUACGCGGUAGGAAUUCACCGCAAAGAUGCAAAUGCACUAUUUUGUGGGCGUGAGCGCCGAGCUAGGGAACGCGUUUGGAAAAGUCUUCGGAUGAUGGAUCUCUUCCUCAGUGCCUCUCUAGGACGCCCUCCUGCAACAUCGGAUUACGAUUAUGACAUACGUGAUGAAGCGCUUGCAUCAGGCGAAUCGCAGGGCCAUUUGACGCCAGAUCAACAGCUUUCUGUUGCAGUGACCUCACUAUGUCGAAUAUUCGAACGCAUCUUGACUGAUGUCUAUAUGAAACAAGUCAUAUCGAUCAACGUCGCAGAAACGAUAUCAAACCAACAUCGCGCCUGGGUCCGUACCCUACCAACAAUCCUCAAAAUGCAAACCGAACGACUGGAAAAUAAAUCCAUGGAAAGCAGUCUGGCUGCAGGUCACGUCUUCGGCUCCUACUACUGGUCAAUCAUCUUGUUAACACGACCAUUCCUCAUUUACCGCGUCGCCCAAUACGUCAAAGGCAAAAUCGACCCACUCUCAUCAGAAACUCGAAACGGCAGCUCCCGCAUCGCCCUCUUCGCAGAUGCAUGCGUCUACUCCGCACUAAGAGGCCUAGACGUAGUCGACGAUUUGAGCCAUUACACCUCCCUCCCAAAACGCCUCCCAUUCCUAAUAAACUCCGUCUUCAACUCUGUCAUCGUCCUCGGCGCCGCCUUCUUUGCGGACUAUGAUAAUCUCCUCCCCUUGGAGGAAGGAAUGAACAAGGCAGAGCGAUUCCUUGGCCUCUUCGUCCCCCAUGAUCCUCACGCAUGUCGCUUCUUCCAAAUCAUUAAGUACCUCCGCGCUGCAGUAACAGAGUAUGUCUCCCGGCGCAAUCGUCAAUGGAUGAACAGGCGCAGCAAACAAGUCGAUCAACUCUUCGGCCAAGUAAGCGUUGGCGAAGACGUUAGCGCCCUCACUCCGGGCGCUGCUCCUCUCCGCGCCGAUGCCUCCACUCCUGCGUCCGCAAAUGCAUCGGCCGCCAUGGCAUCGCCUACAUCGCCCGGCAAAAUUCCAAGUGGGACACCUUCUUUCAUGCAACAGGCCCAACCACCACCCCACCUUUCAACCGACAACGACGUCUGGGAAGCGUUGUGUAAUGGCUCAGAUGCUACAGGUGCUUUGUCUUACGAUGCAGCCAUCUCGGCCCUCACUACCUCCGGUAUCCCGGUAGGCUGCUCUCCUGGUGGAACUAUCCCACCCGGUCCGCCUCCUGCUUCGGGCCCGUCUCCGUUGUCCGAUGUGAUGUUCCCAGACAAUGGGCUGCUAUAUAUGGCCGAGGAUCUUCCGGUGUUUGGAAUAUGGGGUGAAGAGUAG